ACUGAAGAGCACAAUAAUCAAGACAUUCUUGCAUAAAUAGAUAAGGGGCCUUGUCUUUCUCACUGCAAAGUGAACACAAUGGAGAAAAGGAUCUGCUAUGAGAUGCUGGUGGUUUCGGUGACCCUUUUGCUUUUCUCAUUGACUUGUUCCACUGCUUCAUCAUCAUCAUCAAAACUCCACCACCAUGUGGAGCAGUUCAGGAGGAAUCUGCUUGCUAAUAGCCUUGGUAGAACUCCUCCAAUGGGGUGGAACAGUUGGAAUCAUUUUAAUUGUCAAAUUAACGAAAAAAUCAUCAGAGAAACAGCCGAUGCCCUUGUUUCUACUGGUCUUUCCAAGCUUGGAUACACAUAUGUCAAUAUAGAUGAUUGUUGGGCUGAAUUAAAUCGGGAUGAUAAGGGUAAUCUGGUAGCAAAAAAAUCAACAUUUCCCUCUGGAAUCAAAGCUCUUGCAGAUUAUGUUCACAGCAAGGGUCUUAAGCUUGGAAUUUAUUCAGAUGCUGGGUAUUUUACAUGUAGCAAACAGAUGCCUGGUUCUCUUGGUCAUGAGUUUCAAGAUGCCAAGACUUUUGCAUCAUGGGGUAUUGAUUAUUUGAAGUAUGAUAACUGUAACAAUGGUGGAUUAAAACCAACUGUUAGAUACCCUAUUAUGACUCGGGCUUUAAUGAAGGCUGGUCGUCCAAUCUUCGUCUCACUUUGUGAAUGGGGAGACAUGCACCCUGCUUUAUGGGGUGCUAAAGUGGGAAAUAGCUGGAGAACUACUAAUGACAUUGGUGAUUCAUGGGAAAGCAUGAUUUCAAGGGCAGACAUGAAUGAAGUUUACGCUGAUUAUGCAAGAGCUGGUGGUUGGAAUGAUCCUGACAUGCUAGAGGUGGGAAAUGGAGGAAUGACAAAAAAUGAAUAUAUUGUUCACUUCAGUUUAUGGGCCCUUUCCAAGGCUCCUCUUCUUCUUGGCUGUGAUGUUAGAAAUAUGACUAAAGAGACUAUGGAGAUAGUAUCAAACAAGGAAGUUAUUGCAGUUAACCAAGAUUCACUUGGUGUGCAAGGUAAAAAGGUUAGGAUGGAAGGUGAUAUUGAGAUUUGGGCAGGUCCUCUUUCAGGGUACAGGGUAGCUGUUGUCUUGCUUAAUCGUGGCCCUUGGAGAUAUGCCAUAACAGCCGAAUGGGAUGACAUUGGUAUUCCACCAAAAAGUGUUGUCGAAGCAAGAGACCUUUGGGAGCACAAGACAUUGAAGACACACUUCAAGGAUAAAUUGACUGCCACAGUUGAACCACAUGCGUGUAAAAUGUACGUGCUGAAGCCAGUGGCUUGAGUUCUGAUUUCUGACACCUUUUGAAUACUUCUGAUGUCAACAACAUGUUUUUCUUGCUGAGUGGUAACUUGUAUUCGGGCUUCACUUCAAUAAACACUGUCAUUUGCUUCUAUUGCUAGAAGCUUGCCACCUUGUUUAGUGUACCAGCUCAAUGGAAUCAGUCACUCAGAUGAUAUAAAAUAAUAAAGCUGUUGACAUGCAAAUUGAUUUUAGUAUUUUGCUUUCUUACCUUCCUAAAGUCUUAUGUACUUGACACAUGGAGGAUAUAUGCAAGAGGGAGGGAGGUAAAGGGCUACGAACAAAAUAGUUGUUUCUUUGGUAUAAGGAUAACCUAUUACAUAUGUUAAGAUA